AUGGAUUGGACAACUAACAUCACUUGGUACGUUCAUCGAAUAGAAGAAGAAGCUGAACCCCUAAGGAGAUAUUUAAACAGCACUGAGGACUACUUAGCCUUUUUUUAUGGACCCAAGCGGAGCCACCUCUUCCUGCCUAUGACUUGGGUGUAUGCUUUGAUCUUCAUAGUUGGAGUGUCCGGCAACCUUUUAGUAUGCUUGGUGAUUCUCAAGCACAGGAACAUGAAAACUCCCACUAACUACUAUCUCUUCAGCCUGGCUGUUUCAGACCUGCUGGUGCUGCUCAUUGGGAUGCCUUUGGAAGUUUAUGAAAUGUGGAGCAACUACCCCUUCUUGUUUGGACUGGUAGGGUGCUAUUUUAAGACUGCUCUUUUUGAGACUGUUUGCUUUGCCUCCAUUCUGAGUGUCACCACUGUCAGUGUGGAAAGAUACGUGGCCAUUCUUCACCCCUUCCAGGCUAAGAUGAAAAGCACAAGGCGACGUGCUCUGAGGAUCAUCAUUGCAUUAUGGAUCCUGUCCGUCGUCUUCUCUCUUCCCAACACCAGCAUCCAUGGCAUCAUGGUGCAGUAUUUCCCAAACCACACAGAGGUCCCUGGCUCUGCUACAUGUACUGUGGUCAAGCCCAUGUGGAUCUACAACUGUAUCAUCCAAGUGACCUCUUUCCUCUUUUAUGUCCUGCCAAUGAGUGUCAUCAGUGUGCUCUAUUGCCUCAUGGGGUUGAAACUGAAAGGAGAUCGGACUCUGGAAACAGAUGAAAUGGGAAUGAAUGUUCAAAGACCCUCCAGGAAGUCAGUGACUAAGAUGCUAUUUGUCCUUGUGAUCGUAUUUGCUAUCUGCUGGGCUCCAUUCCACACAGACCGACUCUUCUACAGCUUUGUUGUACAUUGGACAGAGUCACUGGCCAGUAUAUUCAACUUAAUCCAUGUGGUGUCAGGCGUUUUCUUCUAUCUGAGUUCUGCUGUGAACCCUAUCAUCUACAAUUUACUGUCCAGGCGAUUCCGAAUGGCAUUUCUCAGUGUCAUCUUUCCCCAGUGCAAACACUGGCAGCUCAGACACACUACCAGUCACCUCCCACCCCAGAGGAGCAUCUUCAUGCUGGGGGAGCGCAACACAAUGGUAUCUGCUGGAGACAGAAGUCCAACAUGCAUGUAUAGGUCAUCUGUCUGUAGUUCUCACCUUUCUAGUGGCCUGUGA